AUGAUCUUUUUCUAUCUUCUCGCAAUCCUCCUGUUAAAUUCUUGUAAUGCCUGCCAUCCGAAAAUGAAUCCUGUUGCGAAACCUACCACUACUUCGACCACAACUGAACCUACCACCACCACAACUACUGAAAAAGUUUUGAGCUGUGAAGUUGGCUGGACGAAACUCGAGAGAAUCGCAGGCGCUUGGUGUGUUCAGAUGAACGAGUUGACCACAAAAACCUAUGAUGGUGCUCAGCAAGUUUGCAGCGAGUUAGGAGCGAAAAUUUCGUCAAUUGAAAAUUCGGACGAGCUGACAUUUUUUGAAUCGUUGAAAACGACAGAUAAUAUUAUUCUAGGAGCCCAACUCACUUCCGACUGUCCAUGCACCGGUAUUUUAUUUUUCUCCAUAUUUUUUCAUUUCAUAUUGUUUUCAGAUCCGCAGUGCAUUUCAAGUUAUGCUUGCAAUAUGAACACAGCGUUCGAGUGGACCGAUGGUUUUGUGACUGGUCGAGAUGUAUUAGAUGCUGCUUUGGAAAGCAACUACGGAGAGAGUCUAUUCAUCCAAACCGGGCCAACGCUGUUUUCUGCUAAAGCUUCAGUUUUCGGGGCCAAUUCGAUGGCCGUUAUUUGUGGAAAGCCUGAGGCUUAA